UCCUCUUUCCCGCAUCGAUCAUAUUGUUCUACACGAUCAUGCAGCGAUUAUUAGCGGUGACCUUUGCGGUGUUGUUCAUGGUGCAGUGCGUUGCCAGCCAGUCGUUUUCGGACAACAGCACGACGAGUCCGCUGUCACCGGCGCAACAGCAGCGGAUCCGUGAUGAAGUGCGGAAGGAGCAGCUGCAGCGCCGCCAACUGGAUUUCACGCAGCCCUUUGCCGGGAACGCCGGCUCCGUGCUGCCCGUGGCCGCCGCCAGCACCGGAUACCCCGGUUAUCCCGGCACCUACAACAUGUAUCCGCCGCAACAGCAGAUGAUGGCGGGCAGCGCCCCGGUGGCGGCGGUGAUGCCGGUCGGUCAGCGACAGCACACCAUUGACCCUAUGACGCUCCUCACUUCCGGAACGUUGAACGCGCUGCUGAGUCCGAAGACCAUGUCCCCGGAGGAAGCCGGCCAGAGCCUGAUCCCGCCGCUCAUCGGCACGCAGCUCCAACAACAGCAGCAGCGCAGUCUGGAGGCCAUUCGCCAGCAACAACUCCUCGAGCAGCAGCAACAGCAGCAGAACAACCUCGCCCCGGCCCUCCGCCAGCUGGGUCUGCAGGUCCCCGGCGUCAACGCCCCGCUGUUCAACGGCCAGACCCCCGUGGGCGGCGGCUUCCAGCCCACAAUUCCGCAGACCACCGGCGGCUUCAUGCAGCCCGCCGUCCAGGGCGGCUUCCCUAUUGCCGGCAACACCUUCGGCGCGCCAAUGAUCAACCAGCCCUUCACCGGCCGAUGAUCAUACUAACUGGUUGUUCUGUGUUCUCCG